ACCGGGGCUCCGCCCCGUACCUCGGCCCAGCCUCGGGGGUCCAGGGCUGAGGGUGUAGGACGGAAGUGAGCAGGUUUCGCCCCUUCCCCCUCUCCUGCUCGUUAGCGCUGCCUCCGCGGCAGCCCGCUCUCCGGCGAGCCGGAGUCUCCGUGCCGUAGUUUCGGUCCCCGGCCGCGCGGAGCCGGGAUGCACUGCUCCUGCUGUGGGUCCUCAUCAUGGAGACCAAACGGGUGGAGAUUCCCGGCAGCGUCCUGGACGAUCUCUGCAGCCGAUUUAUUUUGCAUAUUCCCAGCGAGGAAAGAGACAAUGCUAUCCGAGUGUGUUUUCAGAUUGAACUUGCCCAUUGGUUUUACUUGGAUUUCUACCUGCAGAACACACCAGGAUUACCUCAGUGUGGGAUAAGAGACUUUGCAAAAGCUGUCUUCAGUCAUUGUCCAUUUUUGCUGCCUCAAGGUGAAGAUGUGGAAAAAGUUUUGGAUGAAUGGAAGGAGUAUAAAAUGGGAGUACCAACAUAUGGUGCAAUUAUUCUUGAUGAGACACUUGAAAAUGUACUACUGGUUCAGGGGUACCUAGCAAAAUCAGGCUGGGGAUUUCCAAAAGGAAAAGUAAAUAAAGAAGAAGCUCCUCAUGAUUGUGCUGCUAGAGAGGUCUUUGAAGAAACUGGUUUUGAUAUCAAAGAUUAUAUUUGUAAGGAUGAUUACAUUGAACUUCGAAUUAAUGACCAGCUUGCUCGUUUGUACAUCAUUCCAGGAAUUCCAAAAGAUACAAAAUUUAACCCAAAAACCAGAAGAGAAAUUCGGAACAUUGAAUGGUUCUCCAUAGAGAAAUUGCCCUGUCAUAGAAAUGAUAUGACCCCAAAAUCCAAACUUGGUUUGGCUCCUAACAAAUUUUUUAUGGCUAUUCCCUUUAUCAGACCAUUAAGGGAUUGGCUUUCUCGAAGAUUUGGAGAUUCCUCAGACAGUGACAAUGGAUUUUCCUCAGCUGGUAGUACACCAGCUAAACCCACUGUGGAAAAAUUGAGUCAAACCAAGUUCCGCCACAGUCAGCAGUUAUUUCCUGAAGGUUCUCCAGGUGACCAGUGGGUAAAGCACAGGCAACCACUGCAGCAAAAGCCAUAUAACAAUCAUUCUGAAACGUCUGACCUUUUAAAAGCAAAGAAUCAAAGUAUGAGGGGAAAUGGCAGAAAACAGUAUCAAGACUCACCUAAUCAAAAGAAAAGAACAAAUGGGGUCCACAGCCAGCCAGCCAAGCAGCAGAAUUCCUUGAUGAAAUGUGAAAAGAAACUUCAUCCACGAAAACUUCAGGAUAAUUUUGAAACAGAUGCUGCUUAUGACUUAGCUUGCUCUGGUGAAGACCAGUUGCUAGAACAUGCUGAGGGACAGACUGUGGCAUGUAAUGGACACUGCAAGUUGCCCUUUUCAUCCAGAGCCUUUUUGAGUUUCAAGUUUGACCAUAAUGCUAUAAUGAAAAUCUUGGACCUUUGAUAGCAGCAGAUGUGUUGUGGAAGUCCAAGAGCAGAGACCUGUCGCAUUUGAGCCCCAAGUUGCUCAUAUUGUGGUUGCAUCUCUUUGGACCAAUAACAGACGACAUGUACGGGCUCAAGAUUCAAACAGAAGCAGAUGACUGGGGCUCACUCACUCGGCAGUCCGGACGUGAGCGCUGUAAGUGAAUACUAGGAGUUCUACAAACAGAACAUUUUCCACACGAAUUUGAUUUGCAAAAAGUGCAAAAGUGAAUGUAGAGCAAGAACAAGGAAGCAGGUCAUCAGUGUGAAUGGGGGAAUUUGUAUAUACCUUGCUCUGCUCUGCUGAGCUAGUGUUUCAGAUGAUUAGUGGAUGAGUGAUUUGUAUCUGCUUCGACUCUGGAAGAAUUUGCUGUUACUGGGACAGAAUGAUUU